AUAACAUAAUAUUUCUUUCCUUCUAAGCAAUAGAAGAGCAUAAUAUAUAUAACAAUCUCUAUACAUUGCCUUUUAAUUUGUUGCUCUUUCUAAUCUCUCUUCUCAACAUGAGUAACCUUGUGAUAUCUCUUGCUCUUCUAUCAUCCUUUUUGAUCAUCCAAGGCGCUUUUGGAGAUAUAAUAUGUGAGCGACUUAACAAGGAGGAGUGCGCGUUUGCAGUAUCAUCUACUGGUAAACGUUGCGUGCUAGAGAAGUACGUACGAAGAAGUGGUAUGGAGGCGUAUAAGUGCACCACCUCAGAAAUCGAAGCUGAUAAGCUUAAGGAUUUGGUUGAGAGCAACCAUUGUAUUGAGGCUUGUGGUUUAGAUCGUGAUACAUUAGGAAUUUCUUCCGAUUCUCUUCUUGAGUCUCGCUUUACUCAAAAGUUUUGCUCCCCACAAUGUUACCAAAGAUGCCCUAAUGUUGUUGAUCUUUACUUCAAUCUGGCUGCUGGUGAAGGUGUAUAUCUCCCAAAAUUAUGUGAAACACAAGGAGAGAAUCCAAGGAGAGGAAUGUCAGAAAUCAAGAGUUCAGGAAUUGUAGCACCAGGACCCGUUUCAAGUAUCCAUGGAGCCAGCUUCUUGGGUGCUCCAGUUGGGUCCCCUAUUUACAUUGAUUCCCCACCUUCUCCUAUUUCCAUUGCCCCUGCUUCUUCUCCUAUUUACAUUGAUGCCCCUGCUUCUUCUCCUACUUCCAUUGCUGCCACACCAGCUUUUCCUCCUUUCUAAGUUAAAUUAUAUAAUCAUCAAUAUACUUAGUAUAUUCUGCUUAUAUUUACUUUAUAUUAUAUACUCGUAUCCAUUAGUAUUAGUUACUACACACAAAUAAAUUGUUGUGAUUUUGUUCGAUGGGUAUUAUUGACUCAUGAGUAUGUUGUAUCAUCAUCACGUAACUCGUACGUACAAUAUUGUUAGUGAAACUUUUAUACAAUGUAUUAGUAGAGUUGUACACUGAUCGAGAACCAAAUAUAGUAUGCUUAUUGGAUUUAUCCGAUUUUUGAGGAAUAAAAUAGAGAUUAGUUUAUUGGAUU